GCAACGGCCACGGCAAGGCCAGAGAAAAGAAGUAAUAACAAGCAGGGCGCCGUCUGAGCAGCAGCAGCAGCAGCUCCGCGUCAAAAGUGCAUUGUCUCUCGGGCUGGCUCGACGUGGCCUGGCCGACGGACCUUUUUUCCUUCCCGCUACUUUUCCGAACCUUCCGAGUGCGGCCGCCGGAAAGUGAACUAGACUAGUGUGAUAUGCGAUCGUCUCUUCAGUUCUGAACUCAAUUUAUUUCAACCCGACCGAGACUCGAAUCGUUCGACAAAGGAGGAAGCUGAAAAAUGGUCUCCAGAAGGAGAAUUCUGUCGCGCUCCAGGGAUGACCUGAACUUGGACACCGUUGAAGUGCCUGAGGAGGAUGUCUGGUACCAGAAGGAUAAGCUCUAUAAGGAUCACAUCCAGGAGGUGCUGGACAAGUGGCACCAAAUCGACGACGAAAUUUGGGCAAAGGUGAUCGUGCUGGAGAGAAAUCGGCGAGUGGCCAAGGCGUACGCGCGAGCCCCCGUCCUCACAAUCAACGGUUCCGACGACGGCUUCGAUGGAUUCAGAAUCGGAUUGUGCGGUUUCGAAAAUCCCCUUAGGGACGCCAAAACAGAGGAGGUCAAGAGACACAUUGGUCACGGCAUUAAAGUGAAAAUGGACGACCAGGGCAACAUACUCAUCAAGCGGCUGUCAAAAAGCCAAGUGUUUGUAAAAGUCAACCCGAACGAGGACAAUUCAGUUGCUCAAGAAAUCACCCGUCUGCCAAAUGGGUCGUUAGAGCCAGAGAAGCCCGUCAAGUUGUUCGAUAUGAAAAAGUUCCAAGCAAAUGUGAGCCGCGAACUGAGACAGGCGUACCCUGACCGCCGUCGCCUCGAGUGCCAAUGCAUCUCCAGCAUAGGCUUCGUCAAGCACGAAGCCGAUCUGCUGGACAGCCCCGUGUGGGUCAUGAUCAUCAACGUGGUCGCGCUGGACAUGCUCAAGGCCAAGUUGCCUCCAGUUGCAGGCAGGUCGAGGCUCGACAUCCGCAACCGUCCGCGCAUCCCGAUCCCGGACGAGGACCCGUACAGCGUGGCGGGCAGCGGGUCGAGCGGGUCGAGUUCGGGGGCCGGCAAGCCCAACGGCGGCGUCAACCACCUGCACCAACAACUGCUGCAGCUCAAGCAGCACAAGCAGGACAAGCCGCCCAAACUGCCUCCGAGGGACGUGGCCGGCUAUCCACACGACAUUCCCAAGCCCGACUACGACGACUUGGACGACGAGGAGGAGAAUUGCAUACAAAUCUUCCCAGCAUCCAGAGGGUCAAAGGAAAAGAGCAAGGAUAAUAAAAAAUACGAUGAUCCCUACUACUGUGGUCUCCGUGCGCGCAUUCCGAACUUUGUCAAGAGGAAAGGCGGCAAGCAAGAGGUGCCCCACAACGUCCCCCUGGGAGGCCCCCCAAUGAUGGCUCCCUCGCACCACUAUAUGCACAGCACAUACGGCGUCGCCCCCGUGCAGCCCUGGCGUCCCGCGACCGGCUACCUGGAUCCUGUGGAAAUGAACGGUCUGACGGUUGACAAACCUGCAGGUUUACAGUCAAAAGCAAGCUGUGCUUACAGAGUUGGAGUCGCCGUACGACCACAUCUAUGGCCGGCUGCCGGGCCGAGUGCCCAUCCCAACCAGGUCGUUCAUUCCGCCGCCGCCGCGCACCAUGUACAUUGGCGAAUGGGACUGAAGCAGCCGCAGCUCAAACGAUGAGACCGACGACCCUCGACCGCGUGCAUAAUUAAUUGUAGCCUAAUCCCCCCGACCUACCAUGGCCCCCCCGUGCAUCGACUCCGAAACCCGAGCCUUUCCACUAUUUACCGCCUUUUUGUAAAUAUAAAUCCGUAUUAUUUCUCACGAAAGGCUGCACAUUUCGGAGUCGCGUACUCAAUUUUCUUCUUCUUCAAAUAAAUGAAUAAUUUUGUAUUUUGGCGCGGCAGAACACACACGUAAUUAUUUUAUUUGAUUGUUGAGUAAUUUUAUUGUAAUUCUCAAAUUCUCAUAUAAUCUCUGUCGACAUCUACAUGCAUGCACCUUUUGUAUUGUGCUGCCCCUCAACUUUGCGCAGUAAUCACGAAAAGUGCUUUUGUGUACAAAAUAAAACGAGACCUGGUGGUGGAGCAUCGCAAAAAA